GACCCAUCCCUCAAGCAUCCCUCUCAUCCCUCGCGGGUGGAGACGCGACCACCGCGGCUUCAGCGGGGAACGGGCCGCGGCUCUCCGUCCGCCGGGGCAUCCACGAGGCUGCCCGGUGUGAAGGAGCCGUCCCGCCACCGGCGGCCCGCCCCUGGACACCACCGGAGACCUGACGGGAAUUGUAGUCCCGGCCCCGGCGCAGCCCGGCCCCCGCAAGCCCACGCGGACUACCACUCCCGGCAUGCCUCACGGCCCGCCGGCCAAUCGCGGCGCGCUUUGUUGCGGGGGCGCGGCACGCGCGGAGGCCCCGUUCAAGAUGGCGGACGACAGUGAGACAGCAGUGAGGCGGCCACCGGCGAGGCCUUCGCGGCCGGCGGCGGAGGAGAACGACCACGAGCAUUGCAGCGACUGCGAGAACGAGGCGGAGCAUGGCUCCAACCGGGGGGGCCUGAGUCCAGCAAAUGACAGUGGAGCCAAAAAGAAGAAAAAGAAACCCAAAAGGAAGAAAGAGAAGGGAGGAGGAGACCAGGCUGACCAGGCUCAGGACCAGCCAGUGAAGGUGAACUCUUUACCUGCUGAGAGGAUCCAGGAGAUUCAAAAAGCCAUCGAGCUCUUCUCUGUAGGUCAGGGACCUGCCAAAACCAUGGAGGAAGCCAGCAAGAGGAGCUACCAGUUCUGGGACACACAGCCAGUGCCCAAGUUAGGAGAAGUGGUGAACACCCACGGCCCAGUGGAGCCAGACAAGGACAACAUCCGCCAGGAGCCCUACACCCUGCCCCAGGGCUUCACCUGGGACGCCCUGGACCUGGGGGAUAGAGGUGUGCUGAAGGAGCUGUACACUCUGCUCAACGAGAACUACGUGGAGGAUGAUGACAACAUGUUCCGCUUCGAUUACUCGCCCGAGUUCCUGCUGUGGGCACUGCGUCCUCCAGGCUGGCUGCCCCAGUGGCACUGUGGGGUCCGAGUGGUCUCCAGCAAGAAGCUGGUGGGAUUUAUCAGCGCCAUUCCAGCCACCAUCCACAUCUAUGACACAGAGAAGAAGAUGGUGGAGAUAAACUUCCUGUGUGUGCACAAAAAGCUGCGCUCCAAACGGGUGGCUCCAGUUCUGAUCCGUGAGAUCACCAGGAGGGUGCAUCUAGAGGGAAUCUUCCAGGCUGUUUACACUGCAGGAGUGGUGCUGCCAAAGCCUGUGGGGACUUGCAGGUAUUGGCACCGCUCCCUGAACCCUCGGAAACUCAUCGAGGUCAAGUUUUCCCACCUGAGCAGGAACAUGACUAUGCAACGAACCACGAAGCUGUACCGCCUGCCUGAGACUCCCAAGACUCCUGGCCUGCGGCCCAUGGAGCACAAGGACAUCCCUGCUGUGCACAAGCUCUUGACUGAGUACCUGAAGCAGUUCCACCUGACACCUGUGAUGAGCAGAGAGGAGGUGGAGCACUGGUUUGUACCUCAGGAGAACAUCAUCGACACCUUCGUGGUAGAGAGUGCCCCAGGAGAGGUGACAGACUUCCUGAGCUUUUACACCCUGCCCUCCACCAUCAUGAACCACCCGACUCACAAGAGCCUGAAAGCUGCUUAUUCCUUCUACAACGUCCACACCAAGACGCCUCUCAUCGACCUCAUGAGCGACGCGCUCAUCCUCGCCAAGUCGAAAGGAUUUGACGUCUUCAAUGCACUGGAUCUCAUGGAAAACAAAACCUUCCUGGAGAAGCUGAAGUUUGGGAUCGGGGAUGGGAACCUGCAGUAUUACCUGUACAAUUGGAAAUGUCCCAGCAUGGCACCAGAGAAGGUUGGAUUGGUGCUGCAGUAAGGGAGCCCUUGCCAGGAGAGCGUGGAGGAGCCGGGCCUGAGGAGGUGCUGCCCUCAUCCUUUCUGCCAAAGCCGGAGCCACGCCGGGAGAGGGGGCACCAGAGCCCCCCUGCUGCUGCCAGCCACCUCCUUGUUUGAUUUAACUGCAUCCUCCUAAAGACACGAUCAGGGGAAUGUAACUGCUGAAACUAGAUCAUGAUUGGCAUAGAAUGGAUUUAACGGGUGAAUAAUAAAAGUAUAUAUUAUAUAUAUUUUAAA